AACAACUGCAUGCGUGCAUUGUGUACUUGAUUUGUUGGUCCAUCACAUCACUUUUCAAUUUGUGCACUAGCUGUCUCUUCUCUUGCAGAAGACGUGACUUAAAAUUAGAGUGGCUUUCAACUUUCAAGUACACAAAGGGUAUAUACAUACAUAUACAUGUAUUAAGUAUAUAUCUCAAAUAUCGGUAAAGUGCGAGAGUGGUUUUAUCAUUCUGUCGUGACGUGACUUUGUGUUUUUUUCGGAAGCAACAGUGACUAAUACUCCUGAGAGGUUCAUGUGUCGUCGGCUGUUGUCUUUGCCGAGGAGGAGAGCAGCAUCGCUUGGAGGAGACGGAGGAGUAGCUGCUGGUGCUGCUGCUUCCAACGCAGGCCCCUGCUUUGGCGAAUGUGUUAUUCACGCAGCAGGCAUUUAAAUGUUAUCGCGAAUAUUUCCUCUGGAAAAUGAAAACGCCGCCGUCAAGAGGAAGCGUCAGAUCGACACCCUAAAGAUCUUCAACGACAAUGUCUUGGAACUUCAGGAGGGUGUUGAAUAUCAAGUGCAAUUUGAUAGUGGAGACAAACGCAUGGCCAUUCUGGUCUCUUUAUCCCCAGAAUUUCCACUGGAAAAACCUGUACUCAGAGUUUCACCUCCGAUAAUUCACAAGUGGUGCAAUGAACACAGUGAAAUCACUAAUGCACCAGGAUUGUUAAAUUUUACAGUACAUAGUGAUCUUGGACGUGUUGUCCAAGCUAUUAUCAGAGAAUUCAGCAAGAAUCCUCCGAGGUUUGUCGAAGACAAUUCUCCAGUAUCUAAUCUUCCAUACGGAGAUUUAGCUGGGAGAGCGUCACCUUCGUACACUUGGAAGCCACAUGAUCUCGCAUCCACCACUUACAAUGCCUACUACAACACUUCAUUCCAACCGUUCUCCUCAUCAAAUGCAACGCCCAGCAUUUACAACUACAAUUACACUAACGCCAGCAAUACGUACAAUAUUGCCGACCAGGCAGCAUCGAAGCAGUACGUGCCUAUGGGUCCUUACCCGGAGAACGCGAGAAACUCGGGCCAAUUUAAUGCGACAAACGCGCCGCAGUACACGUCGAGCCCGGGUGCGAACAAUUUCACGAACCUGCAUUACGUGAACGCCAAUGUGGGGCCAUCGAUGCAAAAUCAAGUGCAAUAUAAAAGUAGUAGCUUACACUGUGCGGAAUUUCCAGAGCUUGAUAAAUUGACGAACGAAGAAUUAAUGAAGUUGGGCGAGGAGGAAGACUUGAUGGACGAAUUUUUGUUAAAGCACACUAAAUUGAAAGAAAUCGACUCUGCGGUAGAGAGUGCCAUCGAAUGGGUAGAAAAAACGGCAGAAUCGAACCUAUUGAAGGAGCAAGAACUGCAAGAGCUACGAAACGACGUGGCCGAAAAAGUAAAAGAAAUGGAGGCAUUGAAGACUACAUAUGAAAAUCUCGUCGAAAAACACAACGAAUUAUCAAAAGUGUUCGAUCCGGAGCACAUCAGGGACUGUUUGAGUAAGGCUGCAGAUGCAAGCCAGGAGCAGAGCGAGGUGAUAGCCCAGGACUUUCUCAAUCGAAAGAUUGAUGUUGAACGUUUCCUAAGCACAUAUAUUGAGUGCAGGAAACUCGGUCAAGCAAGGCGCACCAAAGAGGAAAAGCUUACACAUCAGCUGAAUGAGCUCAAGAGAUCAAAUCAUUGAACCCAUAAACAAGCGCGCGUUUUUUGUGUAAAAAAAAAGAGCAGCUGUACUUGCUGCUUUUUGUUUGCCUGCCUUUUGUGUUACUGAGACCGACAGGAAUUUCGAGUUAGUCCUUAAUAAGACCACAGGAGAAAGAAUAUUAUUUUUCGAGCUGCCACGUUUGUAAUUUAUUCGUUGUGCAUCAUCACUAAAUAUAAGUAUAAAAAAUUAAACAGUUGUGAGUUGGAAUAAAGAUUUUAUUGCAGCUACUGAACUAUUACUAUUUUGACAGUGCUCAUGUGUAAGUGUAAGUGUAAAAAUGAUGAUUUUUACGCGUAAACAAAGUUUUAAAAUAUUCAAGCGGAUAUAUGUACACAUUUUUAAUUUUUUUUUCAGCUUAUAAAGCUUCAAUUGAUCAUUGCGUGCUCAUUAAACAAAUUGACAACAAAAAUUUUAUAAAAAUUGCGUUUCACACGCAUAAAAAUGCAAUUUUAUUGGUUUGUUUGGUUUUUUUUAUUUUAUUUUAUUUUUUAUUUAUAGUUAAAAUUUGUGUAAUAUCGAUGGUGUGUAUUAAAAGGGUUGUUCUAUCCUUCAAAUAAGUGCCAUCGAUGCAAAAUAUGUUAAAUUACACAAAUACAUCACAUCAUAACACAGUUUUACUGAAAUCGACUUUCAACAAAUAUGGAUAAAAAAAAACGGAUCGUUUUGCAUACUUGCUUAGACAUUCCAGAAAAAAAAGAAAAAAUAUUUUUGGUAGUAACUAACCGCAUAGUAGUAAAAAUAUAAUUGCUUUGACACAAUAAUCGCUGGAAAAUUGCAAGUUUCUAGAUAUUAAAGCGUUAUACAAAGGUAAAGUUUAUGGCUGAAAUAAAACAAUAAUACAAUAAAAAUAUGAACGCUAGGAAGUGCAAAGUUCGAUUCAAUUUUGCACCCUCACCAAGAGGCACUUUUCUACUAUAUUGUAAAUAAGUGAUAGAAAAAAGAAUUAUAUAAAUAUAUGUAUGUAUAAUUAACGGCAGAACUCGCAAACCAUUUUUGCGGUUAACGUGGUAAAUAUAUGAGUUGUAAUUAAAUGAGUAUCUUGUUUAUGGAUGUUCCUAAGUAUCGUAUGAACUUCUGUGCUCCAGUGGAAACGGAAAGUAAGUAGUACAGGUGUACUCAAGAUUGUGUUUUUUUUUGGAGUGUCAAGGAACUUCGAAAAAAAAUUUUUUUUCUGCGAUUCAUUGCAGUUUCCGGAUCGAUCAAAAAAAAGAUUGUAAUUUUAAAAGAUUUGUGAGAAAAUAUAGAACAUAUUU